AUGGCUAGAACAAGGAACAAUCCCACUGGCCGGCCCCCUUAUCGUCCGCCUACUCGCCGUUCUACUCGCCGGACCGUCGCCGGCGACGCAUCAUCCGCUGCUCCAGUGGCAACAUCAGCCGGUCCAUCGAUGCGUUAUCCAGCACCCCUUUCACCGAACCCCAUUGCCUUUGCUCCGCCGACAGGACGUUCAUCAACCAUCGGCGCCGGUCAAUCAUCCACCAUGCGGGUCGACUAUGACGAGUACCAUGCCAUUGUCACUCCAGUUAGUAUCACUCAAACUCCUCCCCUAUUUACCAUCGUUUUCAUCCCUUCCACCAUUAUUCACACCACCACCACCACCACCAUCGGCGCCGGUCCGUCUACUUUACGACCGCCGGCCGCCGUGACCCUUCCCCAACCCAUAUCAAAACCCCUCUUUUUAGCCCUAACUGUGCCACCAUCCAUCACUCCUACACCAUCCCCCAUUCCACCGCCUUCUAACCCUACACCCACUCAACCACCCCUAUUCCCCUUCCCUCAACACCACUCGGCCCACCCACCAUACACGACUUCGACCUUAACUUUAGUGAUACCUUAG